CCAAAAAUAAACCAAACCAAAUAAGAACCAAUUAAUUGGAGAAGGUUUGGAUCUAUUGUUUGUAAAACCUCUUUGAAUCAAAUUUCUUGGUUGAAAUCUAUAUACGUAUAUGUCGGGGGGAAAAUGAUAUUCAAACCUUAGUAGUACACAUCUUUCAGUUCUUCCCCGCCGUUCACAAAGUUCGUAUUUUUCCGUCUUAUAAGAUUUUUCUCCAUGAUUUGCUUUUGCGGAUUAUUAUACUACUUCGUUUUUGAAGCUCUUUUCUGCAUCCAAGUUAAGUUCUGUUCUUAAUCACUUUGCGUCUUCAUUUAGUCUCCUUUAACUGUUUGCUUCUAUAGCUUGUUAUUCAAAUUUUUUAAACUUCUAGUGUUUUUUCGACCUGGGUAUUCAAUGUCCUCUGGAUUAGUGUUUUUCCGUCUUGUGCUGAAUCGUUUCUACUGUUCUACUCUUGGAAUUUCAUCUAAUUCUCUUAUUGCCCGGUAUUCUCGAUUGGGUCAAAUCGAGAAGGCUCGGGCUGUGUUCGAUGAAAUGCGUGACAAAAGCAUCGUUUCAUGGAACUCCAUUGUUGCUGGGUACUUUCAGAACAAUCGGCCUGAGGAAGCCCAGAACAUGUUUGAUAAAAUGUCUGAGAGGAAUACUAUAUCUUGGAAUGGUUUAAUUUCUGGGUAUAUUAAGAAUGGGAUGCUCAAUGAAGCUAGGAAAGCGUUUGAUAGAAUGCCUGAGAGGAAUGUUGUUUCAUGGACUGCUAUGGUUAGGGGGUAUGUGAAGGAGGGUAUGAUUUCUGAGGCAGAGUCACUUUUUUGGCAAAUGCCUGAAAAGAAUGUAGUAUCUUGGACGGUGAUGUUGGGUGGGCUUAUUCAAGAUGGUCGGAUUGAUGAGGCUUUUCGGCUUUUCAAUAUGAUGCCUGAGAAGGAUGUGGUGGCAAGAACUACUAUGAUUGGAGGGUAUUGCCAAGAAGGUUUUUUAGUGGAAGCUCGCAGGCUUUUCGAUGAGAUGCCUCGUCGGAAUGUUGUGUCUUGGACUGUGAUGAUAACAGGAUAUCUGCAGAACCAACAGGUGGAUAUUGCUAGAAAGCUUUUUGAAGUCAUGCCAGAGAAAAAUGAGGUUUCAUGGACCGCUAUGCUGAUGGGCUACACCAAUUGUGGGCGGCUUGAUGACGCUUCGGAACUUUUUAAUGCAAUGCCUAUUGGGUCUGUUGUUGCGUGUAAUGCAAUGAUUCUUGGUUUUGGCCAGAAUGGGGAGGUCCCAAAAGCAAGACAAGUGUUUGAUCAAAUGAGAGAAAAGGAUGAAGGGACAUGGAGUGCUAUGAUUAAAGUGUAUGAAAGGAAAGGCUUUGAGUUAGAAGCACUUGAGUUGUUUCGUAUGAUGCAAAGAGAAGGAAUAAGGCCAAACUUUCCUUCUUUGAUCAGCGUUCUUUCAGUUUGUGCUAGCUUGGCUAAUCUCGAUCAUGGUAGAGAGAUACAUGCCCAGCUAGUGAGAUCUCAAUUUGACCUUGAUGUCUAUGUUGCCUCCGUUCUUCUCACGACAUACAUAAAGUGUGGCAAUCUGGUGAAAGCACAACAAGUAUUUGAUAGGUUUCCAAGUAAGGAUGUUGUUAUGUGGAACUCUAUUAUCACAGGAUAUGCCCAACAUGGUCUAGGGGAGGAAGCAUUACGAGUUUUCCAUGAUAUGCAUUUUUCAGGUAUCAUGCCCGAUGAUAUCACAUUUGUUGGAGUUCUUUCGGCAUGUAGUUACACUGGCAAUGUGAAAAAGGGCUUAGAAAUUUUCAAUUCCAUGGAAACAAAGUAUCAAUUGGAACAAAAAACUGAACACUAUGCUUGCAUGGUUGAUUUGCUUGGUCGAGCAGGUAAGCUACAUGAGGCAAUGGAUCUAAUAGAAAGAAUGCCAAUGGAAGCCGAUGCUGUUAUUUGGGGUGCUUUAUUAGGUGCUUGCAGAACCCACAUGAAAUUGGAUUUGGCUGAAGUUGCAGCCAAAAAGCUUCUACAGCUUGAGCCUAAAAAUGCAGGGCCUUAUAUUUUGUUGUCAAAUAUUUAUGCAUCUCAAGGUAGAUGGGGUGAUGUUGCCGAGUUGCGGAGAAAUAUGAGAGAUAGAAGUGUAAGCAAGUACCCAGGCUGUAGCUGGAUUGUUGUGGAGAAGAAAGUACAUAACUUUACGGGAGGUGAUAGCUCGGGGCACCCUGAGCAUUCUGAGAUCAAUAGAAUAUUAGAGUGGUUAUCUGGAUUGCUAAGAGAGGCAGGAUAUUGCCCGGAUCGGAGUUUUGUGCUACAUGACAUAGAUGAAGAAGAGAAAGCGCAAAGUUUAGGAUACCAUAGUGAAAAACUGGCUGUGGCAUAUGGACUUCUCAAAAUACCAAAAGGUAUGCCGAUUCGCGUAAUGAAGAACCUUCGUGUUUGUGGGGAUUGCCACACUGCAAUUAAACUAAUUGCAAAGGUUACAGGAAGAGAGGUCAUCUUGAGAGAUGCCAAUCGGUUCCAUCAUUUUAAGGGUGGCUCAUGCUCUUGUCAGGAUUAUUGGUGAUCUUCAAUAUGUUUCAUUGGAUCGAGCUAGAAUCAAUGCAUAUCGACAUUUGCCCAUGAGGCAAAUGACUGAUGGCCAACCUCAUUCACUCCUAUGGCCGUAUGUAUGUUGUUGAUGUGGUAACUGCAAUCUAUCUCGCUGGAGGAAAAGGGAAAUCUUCAAACAUUUUGGAACUACUUAUUCUCUGAUCCAUCCGCCAAGACACCAAGAGGGACUGAGGUCGCUUUGAUAAUACUCAUAGAUCAGACAAUUCUUUUUGGAGAAUCCAUUGUUUGCAAUGGACCAUGAGAGGUGUAGUAUAAGGUCAAGUCAUCUGGCCACAAGAGAUGGUGCAGUAUUAUCCAAAAGAAAAAGGGUGACUUCGUAAAAACAAGUAAAGGAUCCAGUGUUGCAACUUGACCCGAAAAGAUGACUUUAUGAGAUAAACAAACUAAACAAAGAAGGGCCCAAGAGCCCAGUUGAGGAUCUCAUAUCGAAAAAUCAAGGGACCUCAUAACUUUUGUAAUAUAGAUGAAUUGUUCAUCUCAUUGUCAAUUGGUUUUGAGAUAGAAGUCCAUAUUAUCUAAUAUGUAUCAAAGUCUAUAAAGCUCAAACAGGCAUUGAAUCCAAAAGAAAAAAGAGAUCCGAUCCAAGAUCGUUGAACAUAAAGAAGGGUAUGUUGAGGAUGAACUAUCCCUCUCAUUGUGAAUUGUUUAUUAGAUGAAACUCAUGUUAUUUAAUAAGCUCAACCUAGUCAAGUGUCAUGUAUAAAGGGUGGAAUGAGUUGAAAAAGAUUUGACAUUGUUUUUUUCUCUCUCGAGAAAGAGCCUACUUAUUAAUGUCUUCUAUCGGACUUGUAUUAUUCCCAA